AUGAAGUUAAUCUACUUUUACUUGUUGAGCUCAAUCGUACCAGCUUUUCAUAAUGUUGGAGCAGUGGAAGAUAAAACAGAGGAAAUUCAAGAAGAAGAAAAAUUUGCUUCUACUUGUCCUGUGAGACUGGAAGCAAAGAGACAGUGUGAGGAAGGAGAAGAGUGCCCUUACCAGAUGAACCUGCCUUCCCUGACCAUUCAGCUACCAAAGUCAUUCAGCAUGAUUGAACAGGUAUUCAAAGAAGUUCAGAAUCUCAAAGAAACAGUAAAUAAUCUGAAGAAAUCUUGUCAAGAAUGCAAAUUACAAGCUGAUGACAAUCAAGAAAUAGGAAGAAAUGAACCACAGCAACCUAACACAGAAGCCCCUGAAAAGGAAAGUGACAAUAGAAUUAAGGAAUUAGAGAGUGAAGUUAAUAAGCUAUUUUCCAAUCUGAAGGAUGCAAAAGAUGAAAUAAAUUCACUUCAUGGUCGUCUGGAGAAGCUAAGUCUGGUAAACAUGAACAACAUAGAAAAUUACGUAGACAGCAAAGUGGCUAAUUUGACAUCUGUGGUGAACAGUUUGGAUGGUCGAUGUUCGUCUAGGUGUCCCAACCAAACAGGACAGCAUUCAACUUCUGCUGGUAUUCAACAACAUCUAAUAUACAAAGACUGUUCUGACUAUUAUAAGAAAGGCAGAAAGAUCAAUGGAAUCUACAGAGUCACGCCUGAUCACCAAAAUAAGAGCUUUGAAGCUUACUGUGACAUGGAAACCAUGGAUGGAGGUUGGACAGUAAUACAGAAACGUCUAGAUGGAAGUACUAACUUCAACAGAACGUGGGAGGACUACAAAAAUGGCUUUGGAAACCUUAGCAGGGAGUUCUGGUUAGGUAAUGAUAAAAUUCACCUUCUCACCAAGAGUAGGGACAUGAUCCUGAGAGUUGAUCUUGAAGAUUUUAAUGGUGUCAAAUUGUAUGCUCUGUAUGAUCAGUUCUAUGUGGCCAAUGAAUUUCUCAAAUACCGUUUACAUAUUGGUAAUUAUAGUGGUACUGCCGGGAAUGCUCUGCAUUUCAGCAGACAUUACAACCACGACCUGAAAUUUUUCACUACCCCAGACAAAGACCAUGAUAGGUAUCCCUCUGGAAACUGUGGACGUUACUACAGUUCCGGUUGGUGGUUUGAUGCAUGUUUGUCCGCAAACUUAAAUGGCAAAUAUUAUCACCAAAAAUAUAAAGGUGUCUUCAAUGGAAUUUAUUGGGGUACCUGGCCUGGCAUGGCUAGUGGCCAUCCAAAUGGCUUUAAACAGUCUUUCAAGAGGGCAAAAAUGAUGAUUAAACCAAAAUUCCCUGUAUCAUAAAUUAUUGCUCAUUCUACCAGAUUUUCAUAUAGUUAUUUUCCUCAGCAUUUUCCUUUCCCUUCCUGAUUCUCCUUUCCUUUCCUCUUCCCUACCAUUCCCAUCUCCUUUGCAAUAAAUGCUUCCUUUGCACAAUUUGAUAUUUUCUCCCAGUUAACCUCUCCA